AUGCCACCACCGCCUGCGGAUGCCGCGCCCAAUAGCCGGGCCAGCAAGAUCAAGAAGCUGAAGGCAACCAUCACCAAACUCGCCGAGGACUUGAUCCAGAAGCUCCAGACCCGAAGUCCCGAGCUCACCACAGCGGACACCCUUCGCGACAGCGUCCGCAAACACAUUCGUAGCAUCCACCAGCACCAAAGCCAGUACCAUCUCCACCAGACCCCCGGCACGGGGCUUUACAGCGACCGAACCCUCGACAGACUCGGUACGAACCUCUGGAACCAAUGCACCUACGUACGCCGAGAGAUCGCCGACAAGGGCACGGCCGCCCCCCAGAAAGCCCUCCUUCUGGCCUCCCGUGUCCUCGCUUUCCAGAUCAUCCAUCUAGUCCAGUGGGAAUAUGAGUGCCCUCCUGAGACUCUGACCUACCUGAUGCGGCAGGCCUUGAAAGCAGCCAGAUCAUGUAUCGAGGAACAGGACCCAGAGCUCUGCCAAAUAGUGGUUCAGCACCUAGCCGAGUACGAAGGUAGAGCAGAGAAGCUGUGCAAGGGAGAUAUCGAGGCCGAUCAGGCCCACGAGUGCUCCAGACUGAGGGCGGAAUAUUACGGCGUGCGUGUGGCUUUGUGCUGGAAGGAGAAUCAACUCGAGGUCGCCGAGCACAUGUACGCCCGGGUGGAAUCUCUGCUCCCUUCCUUGGACCACAAUUCCGCCGAGAGCCUGGCCGAGGUUCUCUACGAGAUCGGUAGGGACCUGGCCAUGGUGAAGAGGGACUUUCCAAUGGCCUCCAAGUGGCUAAAGAGGAGCAACGACAUCAUCAGCAGCCAGAGCAUUGGUCAGCUCAGUGCCGAAGGGGUAGGCCUCAGGCUCUCAAUCUUCCAGGCACAUAUCACGGCCCUUCUGGGACUCGAAUCUCCCGAGGGCUUUGAGCAGGCGCGCGAGCUGGUCGGCUAUCUUGAGACCGAGAUCGGAAAUCAGCCAUUUGUUCUCAUUCUCAACCUCGAGCUGCUCAGUAAGUCGCCUGCCGAAGUUUUCGACGGCGAGGCUUACGGAGACGUCCUCCGCCGCAUGAUCAAGGCCUUCAAGUAUACAGAUGCAAAUUUCAAGGCUCUCAAAAGGCACAUUCAAAAGCUCCACGAGAAGUGCCCUGGCCUCGGCGUGAAGAUACUCGACGAGUUUCUGGUGAGCGUGGAGAACGCCAACUUUGGCGGCGGCGACGGCCCCGAGUGGUACGACAAGCUCGUUGUCCUCCGGGUGAAAAUGACCACCCAACUCCGAGAGUCUAUGGACAGCAUCCGGCAGGCUAAAGCAUUCUUCUCCAAACUGGGGCUGCCGGUUGGAACAAAGGCGGCCACAGGCUCUCAGAUGCUGAUCUGGAAGAUGAUCGACGCUAGCUAUUCUCAGGGGCACUGCGAUGUGGCAUCGGAGUGGUGUCAUCUCGCACUCGCACCGGUAUUUCAGGAUUCGGGCCCGAUCAACAAAGCAAAAAUUGAAAGGAAGUUGCUGCUCUGCAGCCUAUCUCUCAAUGACUUGCCGGCGGCCCUAUGCACUUACCACGGCAUGGCCGAGCAAGCGCAAAAGGAAGUCAUGACAAGGUAUUUGAUGUUCAAAGUCGCUGCUCGAAGUGGCGACUUUGACUUGGCUACCCAAUGCCUAGAGACCUUGAGCGCGUCCGACAAAGGAGAAGACUUACUAUACGCGUGUGUCCUGGACGCUCAAAAGGCCGGUGACAAUGCAUCUGUUUCCGAAGCCUUGAAGCGGCUUGUCCAGAGCGGUGGGCACAAGACGAACGGUUCGAUCCAUCUCCCAACACUUCUGAGAUGCACCAUCCGGUAUUUGCACAAGCUUCUGGAAGAUGGCGACAGCCAUAUCGAUCAGUCAAGCGUCGUCUCGGAUAUUAUACUCAUGUUCGAUCAGGCUGUAAAAGGAAUGGACAGAAACGAGACGGACGCUGGCGGUAACAGGCUGUUCGAUCUCAGAGAACUCGAAUGGUUCUGUCAGAAUUCUUACAACUUGGCGAUCAAGAACACCCAGACGUGGGAUCCACGCCAGGUGGUUCGGAUCCUGGACGCUUGCAUCAGGAUCGCGGGCCAUUUCCCGCUCGACGCAAGCUCUCCAGUGGCUAGCGACCUCCCUCUCCGCAGGCUAUUCUGCCAUUUCGUGAGCGCCUCUGCUCUGGCCGCUCUCGCUCGAGGACAGGAUGAGGUAGAGAAGCAGCUUCUCGACUACCAGGGGGUACGCAAGAACGUGGCAGGGUUCGAGACGGCACUGGACACAUACCAGCAGAGCGAAGGUGUCUCGCCGGCCGACUACAGGCACUUGCUCAAAAAGCUCCAGACCAUCAUCAUCUUCGACUUGGAGGCCGCGAUCCAUCUAAAACAGUUUUCACAGCUCGGCGAGGUGGCGCGACGGGCAGUGAUCUGCGAAAAUGCCGACACAUUCAAAGCCAUGGCGGACUGCCUUUUGCGACUUCAAGGGCCCUGUCAGAUCCCCUCACAAGAGCUCUAUUCCACCCUAAACUUUGUAAUCACGCAGCUUGCAGAGCUGCAAGACUACAACUCUGCCACGCUCUUGAGAUACAUCCGCUGUCUAUUUCAGGCAACGAUGGGGCUGGAUCCAGACCUAGCAUUCAAUGAGCUGAAAACGGCGUGCGAUGUAGUGAAGCGAUCGGUUGAGGUCGAGGGCUCUCCAUGGCCCCGCGAGGAGCUGGAGUGGAUCGCAAUAGUGGCAUACAACCAUGGGGUCGAUUGUUCUAGCCAGGAAGACGAGGAAAGGGCUCAGAGGUGGAUCCGCAUGGCCAUCAACCUAGCUCACUACAACGACGACAAAGGCAAGCUGAAGCGCUCGAUGCACGAUAACUACAUGUCUCUGUCUCUGAGACAACAGGGCGGGCGGACGGCUUGA